AAAAAAAAAAAAAACCGGCAGAGGAACAAAUUGUGCACCUACUGCAAACAUUGCAAAGUGAACAGCAGGAGGGAAGCAGCCAUGGAUUUCUCUCUCCUCAGUGAAGCUCUGGCUUCUAAAUCGUACGAGAAGAUCGCUGACAUCUGUGACAACUUGAUGCUUCAAGUUGCAGCAGAAGGCGUUUCUUUUCAAGACGAGUGGCCGUACGUCAUUCAUCUUCUGGGUCACCUUUACGCCGAUGAUGUUAAUAGUGCACGAUCUUGGAAAUCAAUACCUUCAGCCAUCAAGGAGAGUCAACCAGAAGUACGUGCAGCAUGGAGAAUUUGUCAAUGUUUCUGGAUGCGGGAUUAUGAAGGCGUACAUGAGGCUAUUCUUAGUUUUGAUUGGAGUCAGGAAGCAAAAGGUCUAGUUGCUGCAUUUUCAGAGCUUUACACAAAAAGGAUGUUUCAGCUGCUAUUAUCUGCUUAUUCGACAAUAAGCAUCAAAGAUGCAGCUCGCUUCUUGGGAACGAAUGAGGAUGAUGCAAUCAAAUAUGUAGUACAGCAAGGUUGGACUGUGGAUCAUGCGUCUCAGAUGCUAACCGUGAAGAAGCAGCCACUUGUGACAGAGCAGAAACUAGAUCCGGGCAAACUUCAGCGACUGACUGAAUACGUCUUCCACCUUGAACAUUAACAGUGAGUUUACAACUAUUGAGCAAUCCUCCCCCCAUGUUGUUAAUUGACUUUUUCGGAAAAAAAAAAGAGUAAAUGUUGCUGACUUCUGGAAGUUUGUUUUUUUUUUUUUGAUAAACAUGCUUGGCUUUUUUUUGGGGUGAUACGAAAGGUAUAAUUUGGAAUUGGAAAGCAGUCUUCUAAUGAGUUAGUGGGGGGUCGGAAUGUGAUGAGUUUUGGAAUGCACUCUUUACCCGAAUCUUAAAAUGCUGAAAGUCAAAUACGUAGCGGUUACUAAUAGUGUAAAA